AUGCUUGUCACAACAACACAAGUAGCGACUACCGCAAACUCGCUAAAAGCGCGCUAUCACAAAUACCUUGAAUGCUUAUGCAAUGCUAAUGGGAUCGAUAUUGGCACGCUGAAGGCAAACGCAAAUCAAAUCGAACUGCUCGAGAUGUAUUUCGGUGGAAUGCCAGUAAUGGUUGGAAUGAAGCAUUUCACAUCGCUAAAAAUUCUUCGCAUUUUUGCUCAAGACAUCGUCAGUCUGAAACCACUCGUUGAAGUGUCAUCAACACUCGAAGAGUUGUGGAUUUGUGAGGGAAAACUGAAGGUUAUUGAGCCAACCUCAUGUUGUGGUUUUAGUUCACCAGUUCAAAGAUUCAGUAACGGACUGACUGAUAAUGAAUGA